UGACCUGUCCUUUGACUGAUUGUGAUGCUAGUACCCACAUAAGAAGAAUAAAAAAUUAUCACUGCACAUAUAGACAGUGCCCUAGCAGAAGUCUCAUUUCUAAAUAUUUCCUCCCAGCAGGUAUAUAAAUAUACACAAAAAUCCAGUUUGUAUUUUGCUAAUUACUUCUUCUUUUACUGGGUGUAGUGCUGGUAGAGUUUUUAUGACCUGUUGCUUAGCAACUUUUAUCAACAGCAGCAAAGCACUUUCCCUUUCCUUAACCUUGUUAAAGUUAGGCUUGAUCACCUUUAGCACUCAUCAGCUGAGGAAAAUUAUUUCUAAAGUAAGGUAAAGUUGCUGCUCAGCAUCUAUGAGCUGCAUCCAGGAUGAGCUAUCUCUUCUUAUCUCCUGAAUUGCCUUUGCCCUUUAGUCCUCUCUCUCCUCAAGCUUUUAAAGAAAUCCAACGCCAUGCUGGGGAAGCCUGGAGACAGGAGGCUCAAAGAGAGGCUAACUGUGCGACAACCUAUUCUGCUGGUUAUGGAAAAAAGGAGCUGGCUGACCCCACAAGGUGGAGCACCAAACCCUCCUCUCCUACCAGGAUAAACAGACCUCAUCCACCAGAAGUAUUUAUGGUAAACCAGCUUCAUUAUAUACCUGGAUAUUACAACAGUGAUAAACAAACUGCUUCAGAUGACAAAGGCAAAUGCUAUGAAUAUCCAGGUUACAGAGACGAUUCAAAGUAUCUCGGACAACGAGUAGUGUAUCAAAAUAUGUACUGUGGUGCUUCAAAGCCACAUCAGGCAGCUCAGAACAGGAUAAAAAAUGCCAGUGAAAAUGGGGGCAGAACGAUUAAGAACAUGAAAAAUUUUGCAGUGGAGAGUCAGAAGAUGCAGACUACACCACACAAGAAACAGCUGAAGUGGAGAGCGCGAGGCAAUCUUUUCUCAAACGUGACUGAUUAUGCAGCCAGGGCCAUGUAAAAAAUAGAAGCACCUUUCCUAGAACAUAACUAGUUACCAAUUGAUGCAGGAGCAGGAUUAAACACAAGACUGAAAAAGCAUGAUAAAGCAUUGUCGUAAUCACUACUAGGUGCUAACAUGGUACCCAAGGAUUAGAAUAUUUGCUCUAGGAAUACAACCAAGAAUUCUCCAGCUAAUUAGAAGUUUAUACCAUGUCUUGAUUUGCACUGAAGAUUGCUUUGAAUAAAAGAAUUCCCUCAUUA